AUGCGCGAUUUCAUUAUCACCACUGUCACUGUGAACACGACCAUCACCUCCCUGUCAACACCUCCAUCACCUCCACCUCCACCUCCAUCACCACCUCCAUCACCUCCACCUCCAUCACCACCUCCACCUCCACCUCCAUCACCACCUCCAUCACCUCCACCUCCACCUCCACCUCCAUCACCACCUCCAUCACCUCCACCUCCAUCACCACCUCCACCUCCAUCACCUCCACCUCCAUCACCUCUACCUCCAUUACCUCCACCUCCAUCACCUCCACUGUCAACACCUCCAUCAUCUCCACCUUCAUCACCACCUCCACCUCCAUCACCACCUCCACCUCCACCACCACCUCCAUCACCUCCACCUCCAUCACCACCUCCACCUUCACCUCCAUCACCUCCACCUCCACCACCUCCACCUCCACCAUCACCUCCAUCACCUCCACCUCCACCUCCAUCACUGCCUCCACCUCCAUCACCUCCACCUCCACCAUCACCUCCACCUCCACCACCACCUCCACCUCCACCAUCACCUCCAUCACCUCCACCUCCACCUCCACCUCCAUCACCACCUCCACCUCCAUCACUGCCUCCAUCACCACCUCCACCUCCAUCACUGCCUCCACCUCCAUCACUGCCUCCAUCACCACCUCCACCUCCAUCACCACCUCCACCUCCACCUCCAUCACCUCCACCUCCACCACCUCCACCUCCACCAUCACCUCCACCACCUCCACCUCCAUCACCACCUCCACCUCCACCUCCAUCACCUCCACCUCCACCACCUCCACCUCCACCAUCACCUCCACCACCUCCACCUCCAUCACCACCUCCACCUCCACCUCCAUCACCUCCACCUCCACCACCUCCACCUCCACCAUCACCUCCACCACCUUCACCUCCAUCACCUCCACCUCCACCACCUCCACCUCCACCUCCACCUCCAUCACCACCUCCACCUCCACCAUCACCUCCAUCACCUCCACCUCCACCUCCAUCACCACCUCCACCUCCACCUCCACCUCCAUCACCUCCACCUCCACCUCCAUCACCUCCACCUCCACCUCCACCUCCACCUCCAUCACCACCUCCACCUCCACCUCCACCUCCAUCACCUCCACCUCCACCUCCAUCACCUCCACCUCCACCUCCAUCACCUCCACCUCCACCUCCACCUCCACCUCCAUCACCACCUCCACCUCCACCAUCACCUCCAUCACCUCCACCUCCACCUCCAUCACCACCUCCACCUCCACCUCCACCUCCAUCACCUCCACCUCCACCUCCAUCACCUCCACCUCCACCUCCACCUCCACCUCCACCUCCAUCACCUCCACCUCCAUCACUUCCACCUCCAUCACCACCUCCAUCACCUCCACCUCUGCCACCCUCAACUCCGCCUCCAGCACUACAGUCAGGGCUGCUAUUCCAUCACCACCACCAUCCUUAA